UCGUUUAUUUAGAAACGGAAUAUUUACAUAAAACAUAGAAAACUUGUUUAAAAGCUUCGAAAUACGUGUUUUUUUAUACAUACCACCCAUAUAGUCACUUUUACACUUUUACCAAAUACAGUACACAUAAUUAAAGUAAAUAUGCAGCAUAAAUAUGUAUCCGACGUUAACAGCAGGAUAGUUCCUUGUUUGUAUUUGUACUUCCGGUUUCUAGUGACGCGCGGAUUGAUCCUGAAAUAGCGAUACCCGCCUUUACCAGACCUUUAUGCACUAAAAUUGAUUCUCAAAAUACACUGUCUACACUUUGAUACUUUAGGUUAUGAAUAUUAACAGCAACACAGUCGUAUUUUUAAGUUUUUCCCCCCGAUCUUCAUGUAAAUAUUAUGAGGUUGGUGGGAACUACUUUUUCUUCAGCCUGCGCGUGAGACACUGAUUAGUCAAGUGUGUUGAUUGAAACAAUGGCGGAAACAAUGGCGGAUGGUAAACGGAGUCAUAUAAUUCGUCAAAUGUUGAAAAAGUACAAAAUCUUGGGAGCAGAAUGAGUCUAUCCGUUUUCCCAAAGGAGCCCAAGUUGGCGUUCCCCGUCCUCCUCUUCUACGCCCCCCUCCCAGGUUUAUGUCACUCAACACCAGAAAAGAAUACCACUAACUACACCGCCAAGGUUGCUACAGGCUGCGGAGCAGGCCUCAAUGUUCUCUACAGGUACCUGUGUGACCGCAAAGCGGCAUGGGGCAUCGUGCUGGAGGCCCUGGCCGCCUCUGGCUUCCUCUUCAGUCUCCUCCUCCUGCUGGGCCUCCUUAUCUGGUCUCUGUGGAACUACAUCUCCGUCCGGCACCAGCGUAGCCACAUCGGAAGCACGGUGGCCUGCAUGUCCAUGUUCCUGUUGGCCACAGCCGGCAUCUUCGCUACCACCUUCUCCUUCAUCAUCAGCCUGAGCCGUGAGACGUGCCCCACCAGGAUCUUCCUAUUCGGGGUCUUCUUCUCGCUGGCCUUCUCCUGCCUGCUGGCUCGAUGCCUCGCUCUGCUGGGCUUCGCCGCCGCUCGAGGAUGGGGAGAGGCCGGCAUGGCGGUGGGGCUCUUCAUCGUUCAGGUGAUCAUCGCCUCGGAGUGGCUGAUCCUGGUCCUGGUGAGGGAUGGGAUGCCCUGUAUGUACAGACAAGAGGAGUUUGUCAUGCUGCAGAUCUACGUCUUGUGCCUCCUGGCCAUCAGCUUGAUCCUCUCGGCGCACUUCCUGUGCCGCUCCUGCUUCACGUACAGCUACAACUACGCCGGCGCCACGCACCAGCAGAGCCGGCAACAGGCCGUGCUCCUCUUCAUCACGCUGUCGCUCUCCGCCGGCAUCUGGGUGGCGUGGAUCACGAUGCUCAUCAGGGGGAACGCUCAGUUGGAACGCCGGCCGCAAUGGGACGACCCGGUGCUCGCCCUGGCCUUGGUCGCCAACGGCUGGGUGUUGCUGAUGGGACACGGCUUGUCGCAGAUGGCCUUCCUCUGCAGGGGGGAGGCCAAGUCGAAGGAGAUACCUCUGAGCUUCGCCGGCUGGACCAGCCCCGGUGUGGACAUCCCGGACCCGAACAGCCCCAAGGAGGGAAAAGAGAACGGGAGCUUCGAGAACGAGGCGGAGAGCAGAAGAGGCAGGCGGGCGGAGCCAUCGCUACAAUCGCCGUAUGAAUCCGAAUUCUCCAUGACGGAAAUUGACCCCAGUAAAGAUUACAGCAUUCCUCGCCCUCAGACCACCAACUUCGGAGAACCAUAUGAUGAUUAUUAUGGACCCUUUUGAAACACGAGCACCAGAAACUCAAGUUUGAUAUACAGUUGAUGUAAAUAAUGUGGCAUUUGGCAACGGAAAGCAGUUCAAAGUCUUACGUAGGGACAAAAAUAUUGCUAUAAAAAUCUCAUUUAGGACAAACGCCACUCAAAAUGGAAGGAAGAAGUCGUCUUCCAGUCAACAAAGCAAGUCAAAGACAUGGAAGAUUAGUUACGGUCUGAGACCACUCACUCACUCACGGUGCAACAAAAAUAAAUGUGGAACACACAAUGUAACUGCAUCACACGUAUUACAAGGGUUUUGGAAACAUACAAAACGAGAUAAGAAUUCAGAACCCGCAAGGCAUGCUGGGUAGCAUCCUGUCACGGUGUGGUACACUUACAUUUUGUGUUAUGUGUGAUGCACUGUGAGUGAGUUAUGUUGGUUUGUGAAGUGAAUAAUGGUGUCUAUUAGGGACAGCCGAUGUCAGUUUUUUGCCAAAAAAAAACGAUAUGCCGAUAUCGUCCAACUCUCAAUUUCCGAUAUUGUUCGCUAGCGAUACGUGUAGCAUGACAUAGCUCCCGUGGUAGAAUCAACACGUGUUGAAUACAGCAUUUUUUUUAAAUAUCAAAAAAAAAAAAUCAAAUACCGAUAUCAAACAAUAUCAAAUUUUUAUGCUAAUAUCGGGACGAUAAUUGUAGGACAUCCCCAAGUGUCUGUCAAGCAAGAUUCCCCACAAAAAAAUAUGUAAUAUCUACUAAUAAUUGGGGAUCCACUGUAUAUAAAGUGUGUAAUAGUGCUCGUUUUGUUUUGAAGUCGCUCAGGUAAAAUAAUCUUGUAAGUACUUGUAUUUUUCGGGGACGUCUUGACGGGGGCGUCAAUUUAAAGUGGGGUCCCCAACUACCAACCACCAGGCCGUCGAAAAUAUUAAUGCGCAAUGACAAAAUAACAAUUAGAAAAUAAGACACUUUCAUAAAUAACUAGAUUAAAUUUUCUGUAAAUACUAUUUUUUUAAUUAAAAAAAUUACUCAUAUUAUGACUAAUAUUCCCCCUCUACGCUACUAAAAUGCCAUGUUUAUUUUUGUAAAAUUAUGACUUUUUGGGUUGUAAUAUUAUGUAUUCAUUUUUUUUUCAAACUAUUUCAACUUGUGACGACUAAUUUAAAAAAAAACAACUUGUUUUUCAUUUUAUAAUAAUGCAACUUUAGGCUUAUAAAAUGCCAUUUUACUUAUUCCUUGCAUUACAAGCAAUAUAAUGUAAAAUAUGUGCGUUAAGGGUAUUAAAUGAAAUUGAAGUUUAUACAGUAUAUUCAUAUUUGGUGUAGUACUGUAUUCAUUGCAGCGCCUUUUGUCCUGUACUUCCACUUCCGGCCACUGGGUGGCAGUGUUGGCAAGUCCGCCAGAGUAACGCUAGCAUCUCCUCAGAGAUUUUUUCGAUUUUUGGACUCACGGACAAUGUUUGGGGAGCACUGCUUUUAAAAGUUCGACUACCCCCCCUCCCACGGUGACCUACGUGGGGGCGUGUAUUGGUGGGUAUUGGAGUCCAAUCAGCAAUAAACUACACGGUUUGAGCUAGAACGGCUAACCCAUGUCAGCUAUUUUAGGACAUAAAAGAAGCCCGAGGUGAUGGAGGAGGUGUGAAACCGUCAAUCAGAAGGUGACAAAACUGCUUAGCGGAGACCACAAUGGACGGAAGAGCAAAAGCUGGAGGGGCAGACAAGGAAGAUGGAAUAUGUAAGUCUAGCGUCAUCACGGAUAACGUCUUUAGGAUUAACUUCCGGUACUGGUCCACAGCCUCUGCUGGCGGGCUGCUUUAUUUAAAAUGUAGCGUGUAACGCCCAUAUAAGGAAGCCCGGCUUGCUGUGACGUCACAGAUAAAGAAAAACGAUCGUUCAGUCACCCCAAAAAAGGUUGUUUUACAAAUAUUUCUACUUUAUUGUAAAUUUUAUUCUCGUUAUAAAUGACUUUAUUACAAGCUAAUUCAACUUAUUUUGUCAUUCUUAUGACUUCAAAAAAUAUUCUUCUAAUAUUAAAUAUUCCGUUAUGCUACAAUGUGUAUGGAAACGUAUUUUGGAGUCCAAAAAGUUAUAGUAGCAGUUAUUUGUUUCACGUAAUAUUUUGAAAUUCUUUGUAAAAAAAUAAUCUUUGUCUUAUAAUUCAACAAAAUAUUUCAACGUCUUGUAGUUUUGCUUCUUUUAAUUGACCUCCAUUAAUAUUUGUACUUUGUUCCUGUAAUGUAACUUUGUACCAAUCAU